AUGUGCCGCUACUACGCCCACCUCCACUCUUGCAAGCACACCUCGCUCGCCUUCGCCGCCUUCUGCAACCCGGCAUCCCUGAUCCAGAACCCGUGCGGCGUGCGGCACAUCUGGCAGACCAUCCGGCUCGACGAGCUCUGCGAGGACUGCAGGGAGGCGAUGAAGAAAGCGGCAUAA